CGCUGUGUGGGAUUUCAUUCAGGAAUGUGUCCUGUGUGCGCACCUGGAGCCGCCGGAGACAUGCAGAGUCACCACGGUUUGUCCCGUUUCCACUCUGCUUUAUGAUACCGAGCCGCUGUUAUACUGUGAUGGGGAGACUCACAUGUAGCUGCUGUGCCACGGUCCUGCUGGCCAUCAUUAGCUCAUGUCGGGCAGUCACACUGGAGUCCAUUCACUGGAGCAGCUCCAAUGCAAAAUUUAGUCCAGGUCAGGGUCUGGUCCUGUAUCCUCAGAUCGGGGAUAAGAUGGAUAUCGUGUGUCCCCGGGCAGAUGCUUCUUCUGGGGGGAAAGAGGAGUUCUACCGAGUGUACCUUGUCUCCAGAAGUCAGAUGGAGAGCUGCACCAUCCACAAGACGGACACGCCCCUGCUGAACUGUGACAAACCUCACCAGGAUGUAAAGUUCACCUUCAAGUUUCAGGAGUUCAGCCCCAACCUGUGGGGCCUGGAAUUCUUCAAGGGGAAGGACUACUAUAUCACCUCCACCUCUGCAGGCUCUCUGCAGGGACUGGAUAAUACUAAUGGAGGGGUGUGUAAAACCAAAUCCAUGAAGCUGGUGCUGAGAGUUGGCCAAAGCUCUUCAGAUCAACAUUCAACCCUCCAGGAGUCCCCCAUCAGAUUCCCACCCACACAUCCAAAGUCCAAGAACUCCUCUGCAAAAGACAAGGAUGUAAAAAUCCAAGAUGAACCAACAGAACCCAGCUCUAGGCCACCAGUGCUAAUGUGGGUCGUCUUUGGAGGUGUAAUCCUCCUUCUCAUCAUCAUCAUUUUAAUGGUGGUGCUGUGGAGGCGCCGGAGACGUCAGCAUGACCGUGUGCCAGACAGCCAUCAGUCUGCCUCCGUGUCCCUCAACACUUUGUCUGUGGCUAAGCGGGACAGCAUCAGCAGCGACAACAACGGCUCGGACCCCAGCGACGUGGUCUUCCCUCUGCGGGCUUCUGAAAGCAUGAUCUGUCGGCAUUAUGAGCGUGUGAGUGGGGACUACGGGCCCCCUGUGUACAUAGUUCAGGAGAUAAUGCCCCAGACUCCCACCAACAUGUACUACAAGGUCUGAUGUUUGCUGCUUUAAUGCCAGACUCUGACUGAUGAUCCUAAACUGUCUGGGACACGAAGCAUUUGUAUUGCUUUAGAUUUAAAGUUUGUUGCACAGGAGGUGUGAAGAAAAAUCCCAUGAGGGGUCAUACAUAGGAGAGACAAUCAGAGUCCAAGUUUUGCGACGAACACAUCAUCCAGCAAACGCCACAGGUGGGAUGUAAGUUAUUAGCCUGCUGUACAAUUUUGAGGUACAAUUUGAAUCUUUACAGGGGGAAAAAUUGUGCUUUCUACCUUACUACAUUUAUAUGGCAGCCGUGAUUUAGAUUUUACUCACAAAAAAGAGAGCUCAUAAAGUAUAUUGUAUCUUUAUUAAUAUAACUACCCAUCAGUAUGUAAAGAGCUUUAUAUAAGUUCCACUUUGGCCAAAUACAAGAUAAAAAUAUAACGGAAAUUAAUAUGAAUAUAUAUUAAAAUGCUCAUAGGGUCCUUUUUUCAGGGUACUAUUACUUUUGAUACUUUGAGUACAUUUUGCUAAUAACAUUUACAAACACAACAUAUGAAAACACAAAAAAAUAUGAUGCCUUGUUAUCUACCCAAAAGUAUAUAAAAAUCAAGCAAAAUAUUAUUCAAUUAUUUGAUUAGUUUAAG